CUGAGACAAUAAAUAACCUCACUGUCAGAAAUACCUCAACAAAUACUUUAUUCCUGACAUGGACUGCUCCUUCUGGACUGCACAGCUACUAUAUUGUUUAUACUGUUAACAUCAGUGGAAAUUCAUCGACAAAUAUGACUGUAACUGAAGACUUUGUAACCAUAACCGGACUGACUCCUGGUGGAUCCUACAGUGUCAGCAUUUCAGCAGUUUCAUGGGACAACACAACUGUAGGGGACAAUGUAGUAAUCAGUAGUUCUACAAGACCUGAAAAAAUAAGUAACGUCUUCGUCAGAAAUGACUCAACAACUUCUUUACUCCUGAUGUGGACCGCUCCUUCUGGACUGCACAGCUACUACAUCGUUUACAUCAUUAAAAACAGUGGAAAUUCAUCGACAAAUAUGACUGUAAUGACAGACUCUGCAAACAUAACAGGACUGACUCCUGGUGGAUCCUACAAUGUCAGCAUUUCAGCAGUUUCUUGGGACAACACAACUGUAGGGGACAAUGUAGCAACCAGUAUUUCUACAAAACCAGAAAAGGUAACCGACCUCAUUACCGUGAAUGUUACAGUGACUUCAAUAUCACUGACAUGGACUGCUCCUGUUGGACUGCACAGCUACUAUAUUGUUACUGCAAGUGGAUCUCCUUCUGUGACAAAUAAUGUGACUAAAGACAAUGUUACCAUAACAGGACUGAUCUCAGGGGCAAGCUACAUUAUAAGUGUUGUAGCAGUUUCAUACGACCAAACAAAAAUGGGCGAUAGUGCAAUAAUUAACGGAUCCACCAAACCUGGACCAAUUAAAGAACUCACUGUCAAAAAUAUUACAACAACUUAUUUGUACCUGACUUGGAUGGCAGCUGAUGGAGAAUACAGCUACUUCAUGGUUAAUGUCAGUGGAGAUAAGCUGAAAAAUAUGACGGUGAAGGACGUGUUUGCCAACAUAACAGAUUUGACUCCAGGGGGAAACUACAGCAUCAGUGUUUCACCUGUUUCGUCUAAUGAUAAAAUCAUAGGGGAGAGUACAGUAAUUUAUAACUCAACUAAACCUGAAAAAGUAACCAAUUUAAAUAUCAUAAAUGUCACAACAACGUCGUUAUACCUGACAUGGACUGAACCUGAAGGACUGCACAGCUACUACAUUGUUAAUGCUACUGGAGCAUCUUCUAACUCUAUACCUGUGACCACUGACUAUGUUAAUAUGACAGGACUGAUCCCAGGGGGUAACUACAGUAUCAGUGUUUCAGCAUAUUCUUACGACGAGACAACUUUAGGGGAAGCUACAGUAAAAAAAGGCUCUACUAAACCUGAAAAAGUAACCAAUUUAAAUAUCAUAAAUGUCACAACAACGUCGUUAUACCUGACAUGGACUGAACCUGAAGGACUGCACAGCUACUACAUUGUUAAUGCUACUGGAGCAUCUUCUAACUCUACACCUGUGACCACUGACUAUGUUAAUAUGACAGGACUGAUCCCAGGGGGUAACUACAGUAUCAGUGUUUCAGCAUAUUCUUACGACGAGACAACUUUAGGGGAAGCUACAGUAACUAGCGGCUCUACUGAACCUGAAAAAGUAACCAAUUUAAAUAUCCCAAAUGUCACAACAACGUCAUUAUACCUGACAUGGACUGCACCUGAAGGACUGCACAGCUACUACAUUGUUAAUGCUACUGGAGCAUCUUCUAACUCUAUACCUGUGACCACUGACUAUGUUAAUAUGACAGGACUGAUCCCAGGGGGUAACUACAGUAUCAGUGUUUCAGCAUAUUCUUACGACAGGACAACUUUAGGGGAAGCUACAGUAACUAACGGCUCUACUAAACCUGAAAAAGUAACCAAUUUAAAUAUCAUAAAUGUCACAACAACGUCAUUAUACCUGACAUGGACUGCACCUGAAGGACUGCACAGCUACUACAUUGUUAAUGCUACUGGAGCAUCUUCUAACUCUAUACCUGUGACCACUGACUAUGUUAAUAUGACAGGACUGAUCCCAGGGGGUAACUACAGUAUCAGUGUUUCAGCAUAUUCUUACGACGGGACAACUUUAGGGAAAGCUACAGUAACUAACGGCUCUACUAAACCUAAAAAAGUAACCAAUUUAAAUAUCCCAAACGUCACAACAACGUCAUUAUACCUGACAUGGACUGCACCUGAAGGACUGCACAGCUACUACAUUGUUAAUGCUACUGGAGCAUCUUCUAACUCUACACCUGUGACCACUGACUAUGUUAAUAUGACAGGACUGAUCCCAGGGGGUAACUACAGUAUCAGUGUUUCAGCAUAUUCUUACGACAGGACAACUUUAGGGGAAGCUACAGUAACUCACGGCUCUACUGAACCUGGGAAAGUAAAAGACCUUGCUGUUGCAAAUAAAACAACAACUUCUCUCUACGUCACAUGGACUGCUCCAGACGGAAAAUAUAGUAAAUUCAAAGUAAGUCUUGAUGGGGCUACAAACUCAUCUGAAGAAGUACAAACUCAGUUUGUCAACAUGACAGGACUGUUACCAGGAGAGGUGUAUAGAAUUAAUGUGACGGUAUAUUCAUUGGAUGCGACCGUUACAGGAGAAGUAUCAGAAUAUUAUAACACAACUAGACCAACAGAAGUGUCUGACCUAAGAGCUGAAAAUGUAACUACAACCAAAGUUGAUUUAAAGUGGAUAGCACCUAAAGACUAUAAAGAAAGCUACAAAUAUAUUGUGCAAUCUACAUAUGACAUGUCUAAUUACAUAAAUAAAUUUGAAACGGCAAAUUUUACUACAGUGGAAAACUUAACAUCAGGAGCAAACUAUAACUUCUCAGUAACGGUAGUAACUCAGGAUGGAACUAAAGGAAAACCUUUUUCUAUACAACAAUGUAUUCCUCCAGGUUCGGUAUUAGCAUAUCCAUGUAUUUCACCAGUGAAAAGCAACAAGAUUUCCUUGAAAUGGACCUGUCCAAAUGGUCUUAAGGAUCAUUUUGUUAUAAAUGUCACAGACCCAAGAUCAAUUGUAAUGAGCAUCAAUAAAAAUGUAACCUGUUCUGCUGGCACACAACAGACGGAAGAUAUAACAGGACUACUCUACAGCACGACGUACUCUGUUAUCAUCAGUACUGUGUCAUGUAGCACCAACAGUGCUUCCCUAACUUGUAACACGAGUAUCACAGAUCCACCACCACCACACUUUUAUCCACUACUUUCUCCCUCAAUUACAUCUUCCUCCUUCACAUUCAGUUUUGAUCCCAACAUUUUUGAUUCUACAAAUGGUCCCAUCAUUGCUUAUGCAGUAAUCGUUGCAACAACAGAUGAUGGUAAUUCUGAAGCUGUAUUAGCACACACAUAUGAUGAGUUUAUGAAAAAGGCAUAUAGUUCUUAUGUAGCAAAAAUUAUAAAGAUAAAUCCUGAUGGAACAACACGUGCUCAAGAUGCUAAAGCUCAGUCAUCACCAAUUUCUGUGACAGUAGGAGAUGAUACAACAGCAAAUGGUUACAAAAACGGGAAGCUUCAACCCUUAGGCACAUACAGGUACAAGAUCUAUGGUUUAACUAAGGUUGAAAGUGAUAGUACCAGCAAACUUAUUCCAAGUGAAUGCUACUUCUCCUACACAAAUUAUUCUCAGCCUUUUACAUUGCCACAAGAUACAGGUGUCAUUGUAGGAGCCGUUCUUGGUACUUUGCUUGGCAUAGCAGUUAUUAUAAUUAUUAUAUUGCUAAUUAUAAACUUCAGAAGACAUGAAAGUAAAGUACAAGGAUUGUGCCCAUUUUUUACCAAGAGUAGGACACCGGCCAAUGCCACGCCUAUGAGUAACAAAAGAAGAGUAAAAACCAACAACCCUGUUGCACUGGAAAAAUUUGAGAACUACUAUAAAAGUCAGCAUGCUGAUUCUAACUGUGGAUUUGCACAGGACUUUGAGGAUCUUAGGCCUGUUGGAAUCGAUCAGUUUAAACGUGCAGCUGAACAUCCUGAAAAUAAACAGAAAAAUCGAUAUGCUAAUGUCUUACCAUAUGAUGUUUCUCGUGUUAAACUUCAUCCCAUUCACAAUCCAUCUGAUGAUUACAUCAAUGCAAAUUACAUGCCUGGAUAUUUCUCCAAACAAGAAUUUAUUGCAACACAAGGUCCCUUAGCUAACACGCUGAAUGACUUUUGGAGAAUGAUAUGGGAGAAAAAUGUGCAUACCAUUGUCAUGCUGACCAGAUGCAUUGAACAAGGCAGGGCAAAGUGCGAAGAGUACUGGCCUAAUAAGGGCCAAAGCCAGUCUUAUGGGGAUAUCUCCAUUGAGUCAAGUGCAGAAAUCUGCCUUCCAGAGUGGACAAUCAGAGAUUUUACACUCCGCCAGACAAAGGAAGAACGGCUUGUACGACAGUUUCAUUACACUGCUUGGCCAGAUCAUGGUGUCCCAGAAACAACUGAACUGCUGAUUAAUUUCCGGCAUCUAGUUCGACAGCAUAUGAACGACCACCAGGAUUGUCCAACCAUUGUGCACUGCAGUGCUGGUGUUGGUAGAACUGGUACCUUCAUUUCAAUAGACCGGAUAAUCUACCAGGUGGAGAAUGAUAAUCAUGUAGAUAUAUAUGGAAUAGUCCACGAUCUUCGAAUGCACAGACCACUAAUGGUGCAAACUGAGGAUCAGUACGUUUUCCUGAAUCAAUGUGCUUUGGACUUCAUCAAGUCUCAUGCUUCAAAAAAUGGCAAUCUUAUAUAUGAAAAUACUGCAGUAAUCAACACUGGAAUCUACGAGAACAUCUCUCCUACUGGAAGGGUGAAUGGCUACUGUUAAGCAAAAAGAAAUGGACUCUGCAUAUAUUUGCACUGUAAUUUUAUUUAAAUGUAACAUAAUGCUGUGCAUAUCUAAAUGUUAUAUACUCUAUUAAAAAUAGAGUUUUGCGUAGUAAAAUGUACAGUACAUUAUUUCUGUUUAUAAGAAAGAAAAAUGUUUAUAUAAAGGUCCAAGAAGUUAUAGAAGGUAAUUGCAGCACUAUUCAUCUAAUAUUUGAUCUUAUUAAUAGAAAAAUAUGGUACAGUUCACGUCAGUUGUGAAUAUUUAGCGAUACAUGUUCAUAAUUUAGCUGAAACAGAAGAAAGAUGAAGAUAACUGCUGAACACCCACAAAACUAUUAACUAAUUUCUGGCCCACUUGUUCUAGAACAGUAUCCACUUGGUAUGUUUUAUAGUUGGCGUGAGUAUUCUGGUUUUAAUUUAAUUAUCUUUAAUGUAGCAGGCUUCAAAAAUCAAGAUCAAAGCAUCUAAAUUGAAAUGUAAUAUAUUUACAUCCGAAAUAUGGAAAAAUUAACUGAGUUACAUAACUUUACAUAUUUUAGUAAUAAAUAUAAAUGUAAGCACUUAUGAAUGAAAAUGUUAUUGAUAGUGCUAAAAUUAGAUUGUCAUACUUUGCUUCCUGACAGGUUAUAUUCUAGUGUUUGUGUCCACACUGUGUGUUACUCUUACUUUUGUUACUCUUACUUUGACAAAAAAUAUUUCAUUAAUUGUUAAUAAGACAUCUAGUUAUUUUAUCUCUUCUUGUCUUCUGCAUUAAUGAGGAUUUCCCCAAAAUAUAUGUGGUUUUGGCUGAACCUGUACUAGUAUCACAAGUGAUGCUGCUGGCAUUGGUCUUUCACCUCCUUAUUCAAAGGUUGCAUCUUCUCAGACCAUCUUCAUUUCUUCCUAGCAAUGUUUGACCAGUAAUAUUCUAUGGCUUCUAAAAAGGAGAGCAAAAAUAAAUAUGUUUGCUGAAAACAUCUGGCUAAAUUUCACCAAGUCGGCAAUCUGAAUUAACAAUGUUUACCUGUUAAUAGAUUGAGAACUUUGCAUAAAGAAUGAAAGAGCAAUAAGAAUGCAUAAUGUAGAAGUUAUGCUGGUACAGCAGCAGCAGGAGGAGGCACCCAAACUUUAAAAUGUGUGUUCCCUGUCUUGCCUGAUCUGGGAAAACUAUUAGGCAAAGAUAAGUUCUACAGACUCUAAGUACAGCAUCAGCAUAACUGAAAAAAACUAUUUCUAAUGUAAGGAAAUGGCAUGUUAUUGACCGGAGUUGCUGCAUUCAAGAAUUUCACUUUCCUCAAAUUUGAGCAAUCUUGGAAUUAAAGCAGCACAUUUAAAGAAUGGCAUGACAGAAUCUGAUGUUCUUCGUGUUUCACUGUUGCAGUCAUUACAUUUGGGUAAUCUGCUGGCAGGUUGCCCUCA